UGCGCACCGACCUGUAAGCUCAAGUCGCUCUCGACAUGGCUGACUCGUAAAUAUGGAUAAGUUUCCAGCAUGAUGCAGGUUGACAGAGAAUUGUAGGAUCACUAAAUAUGGCCGCAGAGUCCAUUUCCAGCCGGCUGGCCACAGGAGCAGGUCAUGCAUAUGGGGUGCUAUACCUUGUUGCCGCCUUGGCGUAUACAUUCACACAGAAGACAUUUUGGCAGGGUUUUAACAAGGAGAAGAAAGCACGUCUAGCGAGAGCUUCAAGGAAUUUAUGGUCGUUGCAAGAGAGUCUGGAGGGCAUCAGACAUAAGUUUCUCAAGUUGAAGAAUGGCACUCAGCUUCACUAUCUGGAGGCAACGCCCUCUGUUGCAGCGAAGUCCGAUUGUCUCGUGAUAUUUAUACAUGGCUUUCCGGACUCAUCUCAUCUAUGGACCAAAUAUCUGCGAUCCAGCUCCCUGGCUGGCCAAGCGAAGCUUGUUGCGCUUGAUCUUCCCGGAUGUGGCGGCAGCGAUAGUCUGGACAGGUACGGACCAGAUCAAAUGCUCAAUGCCAUUGCGGAGGCGAUCGUCCUACUCAGGGAGCGCUACCAGUCCAAGCAUGAAGAUCUUUCUGGAAAGCAACAACAAUGCAUUCUGGUAGCACACGACUGGGGAGGAAUCAUCGCCUUCCGCCUCGCCGCACAGACUACAGGAUUGUUCGAUCACUAUAUUGCCGUCAACACCAUGUAUCCUGUGGCAGCAGAAGCGAACAUUUAUUCCAAGUUGGCCCAAACGAAGCAACUACUCAAGAAAGGAAAACUUCCUUCCGCACUGCGCAUCUUUGGACCCGUCAUGGUCCAAUUGCUCAUGUCAAGUUACGUGUACAUGAUGAACCUUGAGCUCUCCUUCGACAAGGUCUGUCCAGCUUUGACGUGGGCUCUCGUAGAGGGAUCCCACAAGUUAGCGUACAAGAAGUACCCAGAACCAUCUCCAGAAGAGGAAGCCAAUCGCUUAGCCCUCGCAUGCGGGCCAGGAGCAGCAGAGGCCAAGUUACCGGCAGACGAUGGUUCAAUGUAUGGUCCAUCUGUCUACGAGCGUGCCACUAGGUGGAAUGUGCCUGGCAAUUGGGACGGGCGGGUCAAGCUCUAUACGCAAGGCCUCUUCCGAGGUAAAUGGACGCCGGACUACCCGGGUAUCUCAACAUUGCCGCUCUCAAAGAAGUCGGAGGAUACGGUGGUAGACAAGCGAUUCAAGUAUCCUGUCACUUGUAUAUUCGGCAUGAAAGAUAUCGCGCUCGAUCCACGAGUCAUGCUUGAUGGCAUAGAAGAGUUCUUCCUCCCAAGCAGUGAUGGGCUCUGCGAGAGUAAGAUCGUGCGUCUGCCCGAGGGUGGACACUGGUGCAUGAUAGAGAAAGAUGGCGAAGAGGCGAUAGAAGCAGAGCUAGCGCUACUGCUGAGAGGCCACGAGUCUUAGCUAUAUAUACACUAAUCUGUGUCUAUCUCCAAUUGGCAGAGAAGACGUAUCGUACCUCGACUUCGUCAAAUACAAUGCUGCCUUGUCAAUCAACGCCAGCUCAACUGAACCGGUC